AUGACACAUAUAUAACUAGGGAUAUACAAGGACUGAGAUAAUCCAUUUGAACUUUUUUUGCAACACGACAGAAUUAAACGCACUUGGCUUUUUAUUUCUUUUCAAGCCUUGGAAGCAUUGGAGAUAUCGUGCGCUUCAUCGAAAUCAAAAUCAAAAUUGGCUUUAGAAUUUGUAACGUUAUUUCGCUCGACACUUCAACGACAGCUUUUUCAUUGUAUUUUUAAUGAAAUAUACCCAUCAAUGAUAAAUCGUCUUUAAAUAAGGAUUUGAUGACAACGUUUAUGUGCUGUAAUUUGAGUCGAAAUACGGGGAUGCUGUAAUUUAUCCAAUGUCUGCAUUUGUGGUGACGUUUGGUUCACUUGGAUCGAGGACCAGAUAGUUUUUUUCCAAACUUCAAAUAGAUUGUUGCCUCCAAACAAGGACAGCAACGUAGUGACUGGAGUCCCAAAAUAUGGUCCACUGUGCUGGAUGCGAGAGGCCUAUUCUGGACAGAUUUUUGCUUAACGUCUUGGAUAGAGCAUGGCAUGCAAAAUGCGUGCAAUGUUGUGACUGUAAAUGCAAUUUAACUGAUAAAUGCUUUUCGAGAGAAGGACGACUCUACUGCAAAAAUGACUUUUUCAGACGUUAUGGCACUAAAUGUGGAGGCUGCGCGCAGGGGAUCUCCCCCAAUGAUCUAGUUCGGAAAGCACGGAGCAAAGUCUUUCACCUGAACUGUUUCACUUGUGUCAUGUGCAAUAAACAGCUUUCCACCGGAGAAGAAUUAUAUAUUCUAGAUGAAUCUAAAUUUGUCUGCAAGGACGAUUACAUGAAUAACAACACCGGAAAAGACACAAACCUUCUGUCAAUUACUACGUGCAGUGAUCCGAGCUUAUCGCCAGAAUCUCAGGAUCCACAAGAUGAUUAUAAAGACUCUGAGACUGGACACUUGUCCGACAAGGAGACAUGCAACAACGAAAACGAUGAGCAGAAUCUAGGUGGCAAACGCCGUGGGCCAAGAACAACGAUCAAAGCCAAACAGCUAGAGACACUAAAAGCUGCUUUCACUGCCACCCCCAAACCCACCAGACAUAUACGAGAACAGCUGGCUCAGGAGACAGGCCUCAGUAUGAGAGUAAUACAGGUGUGGUUUCAGAAUCGGCGCUCUAAAGAGAGGCGCAUGAAGCAGCUGAGCGCGCUGGGCGCCAGAAGACACAUGUUCUUCCGCAGCCCGAGGAGAAUGAGAGCGCUGAGCGAUCGACUGGAGUCAGGAGAGCUCCUGGCCAACGGACAUUACUCUUAUUAUGGGGACUAUCAAGGUGAGUACUAUGGCCCGGGGUCUAAUUACGACUACUUCCCUCAGGGUCCACCAUCCUCCCAAGCCCAAACUCCAGGUGAUCUAGGAUUCAUGCCCUCCUCUGGCCCAUCAGGAACCCCUCUAGGGAGUAUAGACCACCACCAUACAGCACACCACCCCUCCAAUGAGGCACAAUGCUUUAGUGAGAUGAUAUCGCACCACCCAAGGGACUCCCCCAGCCCAGAGCCCAGCGCACCCACCUCCAUCCACAGUAUUUCCAAUGACUUGUGUGACUCUACUCCACCCUUCACAUCCCUGAACUCUCUCAGUGGCAACGGAUACAGCAACCAAUUGUCACUCCCCUCAUCAGAGAUGAAUGAAGGGACGGUUUGGUAGCUUCUGCGCACCCUACAAUGUGUUUUCAAACAUGUGGAAUUAUAUUAUUUGUGUGUGAUUUUAUAGCAACAAUAUUUUAGUUAAUUUAUCCAUGUAUUUAUAUAUCUAUUUGAGUCAUUUACCUAUUUAUUUAAUGUAUUUAUCUAUUUAUGUGUACUUGAAAAUGGAAUGUCAAAUGUCGGUCUCUAGACCUUAGCAGUGGUGAAGAUUGUCCACAGAAUACUGCUACUUGUAAUGACAGUAUAAGAAAAGCUGAUGCAGAAUGUUUAUAUUUACACCUGGUGUGUAUGUUUAUAUAUUGGCUAUAACCUGACUCCUAAAACCUCUUUGCCUUUUAAGGCUUUGCCAUAAUAACAUUUGAAAUCAUCUCACACCAAAAUCUUUAUCUGCCUGGACAUGUACAUACAUUCAUGUUUAAUUUAGCCAAAUCUCAGAAUGUUUGCCUUCAAAAGGGAAACUUGAAGUGUUGGGACAAACCCUUUAUUUAAAACGAAAUAUCACUUGAAUUAUAAGACAAAGUCUACCUUCUAUAAAUGAUUUCAUAUGGUCGGUGGACAGAAAGCAGUCACUUGUUUACAUACAUUUUCUUCAGGGGUUUGAAUAAUAACAAAGAAAAAACCCACUUGAUACUGACAGAUACAUUUUUCUUCAAACAAGUAACCAAACUUUUGUAUUAAAUUUAUAUUUCAGUUGUGAUUCACUGUGUUAGUUUGUACAUGAUAUUGUGUUUGCACAAAGAAUACA